GCCUCUCUAAUUUAACUUUUUUAAUUUAGGCUUCAUGGUUAAGUACUUGCUACCUCACAUUUCUUCUCCAAUUUGUUGUUGAUUUUUCAAGCUCUACCCUCCCUUCCCUCCACUUUCCUCCCUCUUCUUCUUUUGCUUCUGUUUUUGAGGCGAAGAAGGAUGGAAUUGUAAUGCUGGGAAUAUAAUUGGAGAAUUGGGGGAGGAGUAAGGGAGGAAAUCAUACACAAUGCCCGAGUUCCCCUUGAGCUCGAGGUUGGAAAGGGUGCAAAAUAGCUUGAGAGAGAAUGGUUCUCUGGUGUAUCUCAAUGUGUAUGAUCUUACACCUGCCAACAAUUAUCUUUACGCCUUUGGGGUUGGAAUCUUUCAUUCGGGCAUAGAAGUGCAUGGUAUGGAAUAUGGCUUUGGAGCACAUGAAUACCCAACAAGUGGUAUAUUUGAGGUCGAACCCAGAAGCUGUCCUGGCUUCAUCUUCAGAUGUUCAGUAUUGUUAGGCAGGAAUGAUAUGUCUUAUUCAGAAUUUCGUUCUUUCAUGGAGCGCCUUUCUGUAAAAUUUCAUGGAGACAGCUACCAUCUGAUUGCUAAGAAUUGCAACCAUUUUACUGAUGAAGUUUGCCAACAGCUAACUGGAAAGCCUAUUCCUGCAUGGGUAAAUCGGCUGGCUCGUGUUGGUUCUUUCUGCAAUUGUCUUCUGCCAGAAAGCCUUCAGGUUGCUGCUGUUAGACAUCUCCCUGAACAUCUUGCACUUUCUGACGAUGAAGGACUGGAAUCUGAUGGCCUCUCGGAUUCAGAUGAGAGUGAAGACGAGGAUUCCAAUCACCAUCUGCUAACUACACCAAGUGGCGGUGAACUCACCAUUAUAAAGGAAAAACCAAUGACUCUAGCACGAGACCUCCUAUGAUUUUCAUUAAUUACUUGCCAUUCUUAUUCUUUCUUCCUUUUACUGUAUGUGUGAUAUUAGCUUUCAAGAUGUAACAAGCUUUCUCAACAGCCAUGUUAUGUAUUACAAAGACGAUAGUCUGUUUAUGUGGUCCUGUAUGUUUCAAAAUGGAGUGGCUGUCUUGUAGAUGUAAUAUUAAGGUACAAACAAAAAUGUUCAGCCAUACCGUUAAUCUCAUUGUGUGUAGUGAUAUUUGAUGGAUGAUGGGUGUCAUUAAGUACUGGACAAAUACGCUCCAAAAAUAACUGUUCCAUGUAAAAUUCGCCAUAUUCUCUAUUUUUAAGAUUAUACUGCAUCA